GCUUCAACAAAGGCACGCCUGCACUUUUUGCGAUCCUGCUUGGACUAUGUCCCCGUCGGUCAAACCUCAUGUAGCAAAAGGGGCGGGAAGUUUGGUUGAGGCUGUGGGUUUUCGGUAGCGGCUGCAGUCUGGACAUUGUUAUCGCCUUUUUAGUAUAGAGUCAUUGACAUUGUGGGCGUCGGAGUAUCACAGAAUCGCUUUAGUUUGAUGCGCUAACGGUAAUGUAGCAUCUUGGUUAGCUUGCUAGCACUAGUACAGCUAGCAAGAUCAGCAUUACUGGCUAAUUUGUUAGCUAGCUGAAAAGCUACCCUGGCUACCCAGCUUGAUUUCUCUUUCUGUUAAGUUACUAACAUUUGUGUGCCUUACAAAACCCACUGCACUGUACGAUUGCUCUACAAAACAGUGUAGGCUAGUAUUCACGAUAAUUUUCUAUGAAUGUAACUUUAAGCGGCUUGUCAGCUUACUUUAACAUUAAGACUGGUUGAAAAUCUCUUAAUGAGCUUGUUCAGUUGGAGUGCAGUUAGCUUUUCCCCACAGCUAAGGAUGCUAGCCUAGCUAGUUAACUGGCCUACUAGCCAAGUUGUGCAUGGACUGUUCAUUCCAUUUAGAAGUAGCUUCUAGCUAGUCAGCUUGCUCACUGGACGCUAGCCUUUGCACAUCUACUAGCGUCUGAUAUUCACAUCGGCUUUAUUUUUGACUAGAGUGUUGACGCAACUAAAUUGAAUAAGAACCUUACCAUGAAUGUUCUAAAUUAAUUUGAAGACUCAUAGGCUUGACACUAGUUAUCCUGCUACCCAAACAUCUAAGCCUAUCCACUUAUUUAACGAUGAAUAUAGAGCCAUUUGUUUUAUCAUUGGCAAAAGAGAUAUGUUAAGCUGGGACAUUUCAAGCAAGUAAAAGGUAGCUGCUAGCAAGUAAGAUAUUCUAACUUCUACUUUUCAAUAGGCUACGCUGUGUAGGCAUGAGCUACAGAUGUAAAUCUUUCACGAAAUUUGUGGCACAUGUAACAUAUCUAGCAACGAUGUAGCUCGCUACGGUAGUUCAAAACUCAGUCGGGAACGUUGCAGUCGUAACGUUAUCUAAAAAAUCUUAACUCCAAAAAGAAACAAAAUAGAUGAAUGAUCAAGAAAUUAUGUCCCAAGAGAAGAUGGAACUUGACCUCGAAAUACCAUCGUCCCUUGUCCAAAGCGACGGGCAUUUGAGGCGAUCCAACAGUGCUCCUAUGAUAAACGGCCUAAGUGACAGCUCACAGGUGUUUCAGAGAGAGAACCUGCGAAGUAGGAGAAAUAGCACCACUGUUGUCAACCGCCCUAAUGUGAUUCCCUCCUCGCCUAUCCGGGUUCCUAGCACCAGACUCUAUCAGAUUAAACAGGAGGAAGGAGUUGACGUAAUGAACAGAGAGACUGCACAUGAACGGGAAGUCCAGACAGCUAUGCAGAUGAGUCAGUCUUGGGAGGAGAGCCUGAGUCUGAGUGACAAUGACUUGGAGAAGUCUUCUUCCUCAUCGCCAAAGCGGAUUGACUUUGUGCCAGUGUCGCCUGCUCCAUCCCCUACUCGAGGGAUGCUGAAGAAGCAAUGUUUCUCCCCUUCCCUGCAAAUCCUGGUGAGCAGCAACGGCUUGACCCCCAGCCCCAUUCCAAGCCCAACAAGGCGCCUGCAGACUGUCCGUAGAAGCCAAAGCCCCAUCAACUGCAUACGGCCCAGCAUCCUCGGUCCACUCAAGCGUAAAGGGGAGAUGGAAACAGAGAGCCCACCCAAAAGGCUCUUUCAGGGGACCACUACCAUGUUGUCCACAGAAGUGUCGCAUUUGCCAGAACUUGGCUCUUGCCUGUCCUCCGACCUGCUGGACGGCAGCCUCAGCAGCGUGGGCUCCUCCUCCGGCUCCCCGGCCAAGAUGGACGGUGUGUCCCCCUCCCCCAGCGGCUCGCCUUUCACGCCCCUGCAGGACCGCUCCCCCAAGUGAACCGGCAACAUCGACAGACAGCAGAGGUGGGGGUGCUGCUGGACAGCAGGAGAGGUUUGAUGGACCCCCCCCCGUUUCUCCUGAACAUCGCAUCCUCAUCACCCUGUCUCUGAGCACCAGUACUUUCGGGGUUUGAUCAUUCAUCCCUCCCACCCCUUAGAUCCUCAUGAUGGUGGAGAUGGAGGUCUGGUCUGUGGUGGGAAACCUGUUGGGUUUUUCUGUAUGUGAAAAGAACAAAGGCAAAGCCGACCAGGAGAAGGGCUUGUGUUGGGACACUGCAGCUACGCCUGCGUGUGUGAGAUGGCACAUGGACGCUACCCUCGCACCAGCUGCUAUAAAAUAUGGAUGUAAAAAUCGGUGCGAAGGCUUAUCCCCGAGUGUUGCGGGUCAUCCGCCCCUGCAUCCUUUCCUUACAGUGAUUCCUACACGUGGAGAAGAGGGUUCGGAUACAUGAUCUUUCUGCUAAAUUGAGUCCUCUUGGUGUGUACAAUUAUUAUUAUUAUUAUUAUUAUUAUUUUUCUUGGAAAAAGAGUGAUUGUAAGAACCCCUGUGGCGAUUAAAAAUCCAGGUCUGUCUUUGGACAUGCACAAAUCGCCUACAUUGUGUUGCUUAAAAGAAAAACAAAAAAGAUUUAACUUAUUUUAUUUUUUUUGUUGCUACUUUUGUGUUUUGGUUUGGUUUUGUAAGUAAUGUGUAAAUAUGAUGAAUAUCAAUUAUUCUAAUUAGUUUAUUAUUAUCCACUCUGACUGAGGCAGAGCCCAGAGCUUGGCUCGCUUAGUGAAGAGACAAUUGUUCUCUGGUGGAGCUGUUUAGCACCUCAAUGCGAUUGUGCUUCCAGGGGAGCACAGAUGGGCGAGUGUUGGUUUUCUCCACCUAAAGCUUUGAGCAUGGAAGAAGGGCUCCUCUCUUGAUAUUGAGAUGUGGGUGGGGAGCAAGAAAACAGCUUUGUGUGUGUGUGUGUGAGGGAGGGAGGGAGAUGGGGGAGAUCCAUGUUCUCACUCUGCUUGCCUGGCCUUCCUCUCGACAACUGUAUUUCCCAGCAUAGUGAUACGGAUGUAGUCACACACCACCAGUUGCAUUGCGCAAAUCUCCAUAAAGAAUGCCGUUAAACGUGUGUGUGUGUGUGUGUGUGUGUAAGAAGGGGGUACCACUAAUUUCAGGAUGACAACAAUACAGCGGGCUUAGGUGUCACCAACGGUAGUGUGACUUUCACCACUCCAGCACAGCCAGAGUUUCCAGCUCAACAAGCAGUCAGGAAGAACAAAUUGGGUGAAAACCAUAUUAGGUCCUCCCUCCUAUCCUCUCUCUCUCCUGGAAGACUUGUUUGCUGUGUACAAACUAUGUGGUGCGGACGGUGCAGUUUCAAACACACUUACCUGAUUGCUUAAAAGAAGAAUAGGUGUGUGCUGUUAACCCAAAUGGCCAUUCCUGAACUAUUUCAAAUGGCAGGCCACUCUAUACAACAUGAGACAAGAGUUGAUAUGCUACUGCUGUCAUGACGAGCACAGCUUUAAUAUUUGAUGCCGGUGCAGUUAAGAGCCGUUAACACAUUCAGGGCCAUCAGGUUCUAAUGAACAAGGUGUUGAGGCUGACCUAAGUGUUCAAUUAGUCCCCCCGUGCUGACAGAGCUGGAUGUCUGCUUCUGUAGGGGUCAAUGGGGUCAUCUACUGAUUCAUGAAAAACUGUGCCAUUCAACAGGCCUGUAUAUAAGUAUGUAUGUGUGUGUGUAUAUAUAUAUAUAUAUAUAUAUAUAUAUAUAUAUAUAUAUAUAUAUAUAUAUAUAUAUAUAUAUAUGAGAGAGAGAGAGAGAUUAUAUGAGUUGUACAGCUGUAAUUGUGAAAGUUGUAUGAUUAUUCAUUUGGGUUGUAGUUAUUUUAGUUCUUACCUAGUUUUUUAAAGAUGCUUUUAUAAAUCAGUCUUAUUGGACUUCUUUUGUUUUUCUUUUCAAACAUGUUGAAGCAUGGUAUGACGUAUCAUAGUCUUUAUGUGCAAGGAAGUGAUUGUAAAACCCUAUUUUAUUGAAGUGAAUUAAAUUGAGUGCAUUUUUUUUUCUUCUUCUGUAAUAUGCUAAGCAAACAAGAGCAUUGGCGUUUCAGUUUAAUGGUAAACAAAAAGGAGAAGAAAGGGACUACAGGUCAUCAGCCUUGUUGUCGUGAUAGUUGACUGCUAUUCUUGUCAUUUCCAGUAUUUUUUUUCCUGUUUUUUUUUUUUUGUCCUGUGGAGUUAUUAUUUAAUUGUCAAACAUUGAAACUGUCCUCAUGCCUCGAGCGUAACACACUGUGACUUAAAAUGUGUGUGUCUCAGCGUGUGUAUGUGUGUUUCUGGUGUCAAGUUGCAGAGUGGAAGAGGAGUUGUGAUUGGAUUUCACACUCUCUGUCCUCUCAUGUCCCCAAAGGACAAACGCUCACCCAGGGCCUCCAGCAUGGUAGCGAUGCUCACAUGGCAAAAUAAAUUAUUUGUCAACCA